UAUUUCAUUGUUAAUUAAGUCUGUUCCUUGUAGGUAAUGUUUGUGCAGAAGAGACUGAAGCCUGGUGCAAUCAAAUUCUUUCGUACUCAAUCUCCUAGACAUUUUGAAGGAGGUGACUGGAACCAAGGUGGUUCUUGUAACCGGAAAAAUCCUUUGUUGCCAGAGCAGGUUGAAGAACUCUUCUCAUUGAAGAAUAAUGGAACAAAUAUAGAGGCACGACUCGUGAAUCAACACCUUUACAAGGCCCUUGAGGGGUCAGGUUUCCAUAUUUUGGACAUAACCCACCUGAGUGAGUUCAGAGCAGAUGCUCAUCCAUCUGCAGCUGGUGGGAAGAAGCACGAUGAUUGUAUGCACUGGUGCUUGCCAGGAAUAACAGAUACUUGGAAUGACUUUUUUAUAGCACAGUUAAAUAAUGUCAGAUUUAAAACAAAAUGAACCUUGUGCGUUGAGAUUUUUCA